CCCCCCCCCCGCGACACUGAUGAAAUCAUUCACAGAUCAGGCAGGCACCACAGUUACUUCAUUGGAGCUGGGAUCAAAUGGAGGAGGCGUCCGUCCAAACCAGGUCCCUUUCCGUUCAACCACCACACGAUCUGCUGCAAUCCCUUCUCCUGCUAUUACAACAGCUCACCACCAGCCGUUGAUUGAUCACGCUUCGUCUCCUUUGUGCAUACGCAUCUAUCUGAGCGAAUUCUUUACUGAUCACACAAUGCCGUCACCGUCGGUUCCGGAGAUCAUGAGCUGUUCUUCGGGGGAUCCAUCGUCCCCGACGAUCACCGGUGACGGUGAUCUCGUCGUUCAGGUGGUCUCACGAGAUGUUUCUGACGAGCUUCUUGGCAAGUUCGCGGACACCAGCGAGUUGGACUUCGACUACGACCGCAGCGGCCUCUGGUCGCCGCUGGUGCUGCGUCCCGAGGUCAUGCUGCUCGCGCAGUCCCCCGGUAGCCGCAGCCGACGGCUGCGGCGCCGGAAGCGGAGGAAGAUGCUCUGCUGUUGCUGGUGGUGCUGGUGAUGGGCAUUGUAGCCUGUGUGUGAUUCAGCUGAAGCAGCACGGCGCUCAUAACAUGGUUUGCUCUGCAAAAUACAAUACUAGAGGAGCCAGGAGUGUGUGUUUGUGGAGACGAUGGUCUUUUUGUAGUAUGCAUGCAAUAAAGAAAGGUCCAAAUGCAGGAAGGCAUGUGUAGUGUAGUGGCAGUACGUUCGCUACUUUUGCGAUUGUCAAUUGGUCAUGAUUCUUGGAGGUGCCAGGAUGCACUCUGUAAUUAUCCUUAGUAGUAUUGUUGGUGAUGAUAUUGCCUGAUGUAUUUUAUGU